UAGACAGAGAAAGAGUAAAAGAGAGAGAAAGAGAAAGAGAAAGAGUGUGUGUCUCUGAAAAAACAAAAGGAAAAAAAAAAAAAAAAAAGGCAAAGAAGGGUUCGUGUCGGCUUCAACCAAACACGACCUUAUCGUCGUCGUCGGAUCCCCCCAAAUCGAUCUGCUCACAAAACCAAACCCUCUUCUUCUUCUUCCUUCGUAUUCUUCUUCUUCUUAUUCUUCUCUAAAUUCUCCUCCAAUUCACUCGCCAGAAGCUAGUGGUCUCUGCUGUACAGCUUUAUUUUUUCCUUGGUUUUCGAAACUGGGGGUUUCAUUUCUUUUCAUUUGCUUUUCGCUUCGUCUUUGAGAAUAGAUUUGAGCAUUUGGUGCAGAUUUGCGUUGCUCUGCCAUGGCUUUCUCAGCUACGAAUCACUCCUCUGGAGGAACCCAUACAGGGGCCUCUGCUGAUGCCUUAUAUAAGGAAUUAUGGCAUGCAUGUGCUGGACCACUCGUUACCCUUCCUCGUGAAGAGGAGCGUGUUUAUUACUUUCCACAGGGUCACAUGGAACAGCUGGAAGCCUCAAUGCAUCAGGUGUUGGAGCAGCAAAUGCCUUCAUUUAAUCUGCCAUCUAAAAUUCUUUGUAAAGUUGUUCAUGUUCAGCUUCGGGCUGAACCAGAAACAGAUGAAGUUUAUGCACAAAUAACUCUGUUACCAGAAGCAGAACAAAGUGAGGUCACAAGUCCAGAUCCUCCACUCCCAGAUCCUCCAAGGUGCACGGUCCAUUCAUUUUGCAAGACACUUACUGCUUCUGACACAAGCACUCAUGGUGGAUUUUCUGUCCUCCGGAGGCAUGCUGAUGAUUGUCUCCCACCACUGGAUAUGUCCCAGCAGCCUCCGUGGCAGGAAUUGGUUGCGACUGAUUUGCAUGGGAAUGAAUGGCAUUUUCGUCACAUAUUUCGAGGGCAACCCAGACGUCAUUUACUCACAACUGGGUGGAGUGUUUUUGUCAGUUCCAAAAAGUUAGUGGCUGGUGAUGCCUUUAUUUUCCUAAGAGGUGAAAAUGGAGAGUUACGUGUUGGAGUUAGGAGGCUAAUGAGACAACCAAGUAACAUGCCAUCUUCUGUUAUUUCUAGUCACAGCAUGCAUCUUGGCGUUCUAGCUACUGCAUCUCAUGCCAUUGCUACUGGAACACUCUUUUCUGUCUUCUACAAGCCAAGAACAAGUCGAUCAGAAUUCCUUGUUAGUGUUAACAAAUACCUUGAAGCUCGAAGUCACAAACUUUCUGUUGGGAUGAGGUUUAAGAUGAGAUUUGAGGGUGAGGAGGCUCCUGAAAGAAGGUUCAGUGGCACAAUUGUUGGUGUUGGAGACAACUCAUCAUCUGGAUGGGCCAACUCUGAGUGGCGGUCUUUAAAGGUUCAAUGGGACGAACCUUCAUCCAUAUUGCGACCUGAAAGAGUAUCACCAUGGGAAUUGGAGCCGCUUGUGACAGCUUCCCCCCCGAGUUCUCAACCUACGCCAAGGAAUAAACGUGCACGACCUUCUGUUUUACCAUCACCUUCCCCAGAUCUUUCUGUACUUGGUGUAUGGAAAUCUCCAGUUGAAUCACCAUCAGCCUUUUCAUAUUGCGACCCACAGCGUGGACGAGAACUCUAUACAUCACCCAAGUUUAGUUCUGUUUCAAAAACCAACUCUCUUGGUUUUAGUGGGAAUAGCUCUCUGGCUGCUGUUUCAAGCAACUCAAUGUACUGGUCUAAUCGAGUGGAAACUGUAACGGAGUCUUUUUCGCCUGCUAUCAACAAAGACUCUGGGGAAAGGAGACAGAGCACAGGGAAUGGCUGUAGGCUUUUUGGGAUUCAGCUACUUGAAAAUUCCAAUAUAGAAGACACUUCACCAGUGGUUACAGUGUCAGGAACUGUUGGGGAUAUUCGACCAGUUCCAUCUUUAGAAGCUGAAUCUGAUCAGCUCUUUGAACCUUCAAAUGUUAAUCGAGCUGAUAAUCCGUCUGUAAGUUGUGAUGCAGAGAAAUCAUGCCUGAGAUCUCCUCAGGAGUCACAAAGCAGGCAAAUUAGGAGUUGCACAAAGGUUCACAUGCAAGGGAUUGCCGUUGGAAGAGCUGUAGAUUUGACACGAUUUGACCAUUACGAGGAUCUGCUGAAGAAACUGGAGCAGAUGUUUGACAUCGAGGGUGAGCUCCGUGGGUCCGCUAAAAAAUGGCAAGUUGUCUACACUGAUGAUGAGGAUGACAUGAUGAUGGUUGGGGAUGAUCCAUGGCAUGAGUUCUGCAAUAUGGUGAGGAAGAUUUUUAUCUAUACAACAGAAGAAGUCAAGAGGUUAUCACCCAAGAUAAAACUCUCAGUCAAUGAAGAGGUCAAACCUGGCAAGGCAGAUUCUGAAGGGGUAGUCAACAAUGAUGACCAAUUGUCUAUUGUGGGAUCUGGGUGCUAAGAUGCCCAUGUCUCUCCAUAUAUAUCGAGUAUUGAAAAGAACAAAAAAUAAAAAUCCAAAAAAAAAAAAAAAAAAAAAAAAAGAAAAAGAGAA